UCGAACGGAUAGCAACAAAGAUUUUUGUUGUUCGAAGAUAAACAUACUACGGAGUCGAGUAACCUUAAGCAAAAAAGAUAGGAGUAAUUGCCUAGCGAAUAGUGAUUGUUCUCUAUCACACACACACAAAAAUGGACCACAGAAGCCAAAUGACACUAAUUGGCGCAGAAAAUCGACUUAGUUUUGACGGAAAAACGGAACCAUCGAGCCCUAUAGAAAAAGAGCGAAUUGGUGAUAAGAGAGAUACCCCGUUUUCGCGUUGCAGCAGCACGAGUAGCAUACAUACACUUUCUUCCUCAGCACAAAAUACAGAUGAUGAAGACAGUGAUUGUAAGAGCACCAAAAGCUACAAAGAGAGAAGACGAGAAGCCCACACUCAAGCAGAGCAAAAAAGAAGGGAUGCCAUUAAGAAAGGUUAUAGCUCUUUGCAAGAUUUAGUACCAACAUGUCAGCAGCAGGAUCCCAUCAGCGGAUAUAAACUAAGCAAAGCAACUGUCCUCCAACGAUCAAUUGAUUACAUUCAAUUCCUCCAGCAACAGAAAAAGAAGCAGGAGGAGGAAUUGUCAGCUUUAAGAAAAGAAGUUAUUGGUUUACAGAUAAUGAAAAGCAAUUAUGAUCAAAUUGUGAAGGCUAAUCAGUCUCAGUCUGGCCAAUCUGAGAACAGAGUACCUGAUGAAGUAAAAUUCCAGUUGUUUCAAACCAUCAUGGAAAACCUUUUCUUGACAUUUGAUUCCAUGGUUUCUGCAGCUAGCUUUGUAGACCUGUCAAGCAAUGUCUUUUCAUGGGUUGAGGAACAUUGCAAACCACAGAGUUUGAAAAACUUGGCAGUCAGCGUACUUCAGCAACUCAUCACGGGGUCCAAUUGAAUCCACCAAAACGAAGAAGUGCGUGAAAGAAAUCAACUUGUACUCAGCUUAAUUGUGUACCACAUUGGCUGAUCGUUGCCGCGUCUAAUGCCCAGAAUUUGCCAAUAUACCAUCAGUACUGCGUGAUACGACAAUUCUCCGAGGGCUUAUAAGAAACCGCCAAAGAAAUUCAAACUCGAUAUAUGAUGACUUUUUAGCCUUUGUAAAGUUACGUGUGUGUUAGUCGGAAAUAGAAUUAUCUCGUAUUUUA